AUGAAGUUCAUUCCCUGCCUCCUGAUGGUCGCUUUGUCCUGCCUGGGGGCUUGGGGACAGAUCUCCAGGGAAAAGCAAGGACGUGCCAGGGAGGAAUUCCAUUUCCAGACACGUGGGGGAGAUUCCUGCAUUAUGUACCCCAGCAGCUUGGGGCAAGGUGCUGGGGCAGUCCAGCUCCGUGUCGACUGCCAUAACCAAAGCCAGGCGUACUGGUGUGAGUACAGAGGACAGCCUGGUGUGUGCCCGGCCUUCACCGCCAACCCUGAGUCUUACUGGAACCAAACCCUGCAGGAACUGAGGCACCUGGUCCAUGCGUGUUGGGGGGCCCCAGUGCUGAAGCCAUCCGUGUGCCAGAAGGCUGGGCCACAGGCACACAUGCAGCAAGUGGCCUCCAGCCCCCAGGACAGCUCAGCUCCCACCCAGCUCUCCAAGACUGCCAAGACUGGGAAGCUAUCGCCUGGGCCCGGGGCCCCUGUAAAACCCACAGAAGCAAUGCAGCUAGGAAAUGCCAAACCCACCACCCAACCCAUGGUCAACGCUAUCCAGCAUGGACCCAGGCCAGAAGGGGAUGAGGAAGCAGAGAAGAUGGCCCGACAACUCUGUUGGGAGCCCUUCCAGGCCUUGUGUGCCUAUGUCUUCAGCCUCUUCCGAUGGGUGAAAGCGUGA